AACAUGUCAUCGACCGACGAGCUGUCCUGCGUGUACGCCUCGCUCAUCCUCCAGGACGACGACGUGGCCGUCACCGCCGAGAAGAUCCAGACGCUGCUGAAGGCGGCCAACGUGGAGGUGGAGCCCUACUGGCCGUCACUUUUCAGCAAAGCCCUCGAGAGCGUCGACCUGAAGGCGCUGAUCACAAACGUGGGCUCCGGUGUGGGCGCCGCGGCUCCGGCUGCCGGCGCUCCCGCUGGCGGUGCAGCGCCUGCUGCCGAUGCCGGCGCCGCCAAGAAGGACGACAAGAAGAAGAAGGAGCCCGAGUCGGAGGAGGAAGAGGACGACGACAUGGGUUUCGGUCUCUUUGAUUAG